GCCCCCGCGCGGGGUCGCGUUGGUGCCGGCUGGCCAGCCACCGAGCGGCAUGAAGGUGUGGGGUGUUGCCGCCCCCUCCCGCUCGCCCCCACGCCAUGGAAUACCUGCGGAGCUUGAGCCGGCUCCUGCCCAGCGCUGUGGGGCUGCCCCGGCGCACGCUGUGUACUCUGGGCCAGGGCCUGACCCCUGGGGCGCGUUCCGUUGCCGCCUGCGGCCGCGCGGCCCAACUCCUCGGGCAGAGCCGGGCCGCGCCGCUGUGCGAGCCCCGCCGGCCCCGCGUGGCAGGUGAAACGCACCGGUUUAGAACUUCUGAUGUCUCUCAAGCCACUUUAGCCAGUGUAGCGCCAGUGUUUACUGUGACAAAAUUUGACAAAGAGGGAAAUGUUACUUCUUUUGAAAAGAAGAAAACUGACUUAUAUCAAGAAUUAGGUCUUCAAGCCAGAGAUUUGAGGUUUCAGCAUGUGAUGAGCAUCACAACCAGAAACAAUAGGAUUAUCAUGAGAAUGGAGUAUUUGAAAGCUGUGAUAACUCCAGAGUGUCUUCUGAUACUAGAUUAUCGUAAUUUAAAUUUAGAGCGAUGGCUGUUCCGGGAACUCCCUUCACAGUUGGCUGGAGAAGGACAGCUUGUCACCUACCCUUUACCUUUUGAGUUUAGGGCUAUAGAAGCACUCCUACAGUAUUGGAUCAGCACUCUUCAGGGGAAACUUAGCAUUUUGCAGCCACUGAUCCUUGAGACAUUGGAAGCUUUGGUGGAUCCCAAGCAUUCUUCUGUAGACAGAAGCAAACUGCACAUCUUACUGCAAAAUGGCAAAAGUCUGUCAGAGUUAGAAACAGAUAUUAAAAUUUUCAAAGAAUCCAUUUUGGAGAUCUUGGAUGAAGAAGAGUUACUGGAAGAGCUGUGUCUGACAAAGUGGAGUGACCCGCAAGUCUUUGAAAAGAGCAGUGCUGGAAUCGACCACGCAGAAGAGAUGGAGCUCCUCUUGGAAAACUACUACCGAUUAGCUGAGGAUCUUUCCAACGCAGCCCGGGAACUCAGGGUACUGAUUGAUGAUUCACAAAGUAUCAUAUUCAUCAAUCUGGACAGCCACCGUAAUGUGAUGAUGAGGUUGAACCUACAGUUGACCAUGGGAACCUUCUCUCUUUCUCUCUUUGGACUAAUGGGAGUUGCUUUUGGAAUGAAUUUGGAAUCUUCCCUUGAAGAGGACCACAGAGUGUUUUGGCUGAUUACAGGAAUUAUGUUUAUGGGAAGUGGCCUCAUCUGGAGGCGUUUGCUGUCAUUCCUGGGACGACAACUAGAAGCUCCUUUGCCUCCCGUGAUGGCCUCUUUACCCAAGAAGUCCCUUCAAGCGGACAGAAGGCUGGAAAUGAAGCACGGCUUCCGGCCCGACGGUCUCGGACCAGGCAGGAGUGUCCUGACAGACCGUUAGGAGACAUCAAAACGGAGAGACUGGGUUACUUUUCAUGCCCUGAAGAAGAUAGCUCCACCUGUAUUUGAGAGGAAGCGUGAUACACUGGAGUACGCGAGCAGGAAGCAGCGACAGGAGAAGAGUGUGUGUUUGUCCCUAGAGUCCUACAGAAACCCCAGGAGUCUGGAAGAAAACAUUAACAGUGGCUAUCCGACGUGGCAAGGGUUUGCAAGGUUUCCUGAAGGGCCCUGGCCAGUAUUCAUACGUGAGGCUCCGUGGGACAGCAGUCUCUGAGAACGUGCGGGGCUGGGGCCGUGGUCCGAGGAGACCACGGACACAAAUUUAAACUUCGUUCCUUUUUUCCCCCAUCUAAAACCAUUUUUAGCUCACGGGCUGUACAGAACUCGAGGCAGCCCGCGGGCUGUAAGUUGCCGAGCUCUGCCCUUGGGGAUGAAACUGGGAAAGUGAUGGGACUGUGUGUGGAUGUUCCUUUUUUGUGUUCCUCUUUUUCAAACACAAUCUGAACAAUAAAAUGAGAUCAUCCGCAUCCCAGCCUUA